GAUCUCCGCCCCGAAUGCUCUUCUUGAUGCUGCGCGCAGUAGUCGGUUGAUGUUCUGAUCGCUCAGUUCGCAUCGCACAGUUCGUCUUCGUCGGUCGAAGAUCGUGGUACAUAUUUCGCGCCCGUCGUACUGAUCAUACCUCAAAAACCGGUUGCGCGAUAGUGUAUUUGCUGUCCAGUGAACCCCCUAGAGUCAGUGUGGACAUAUUUUGCAGUCACCCAAUUUGCGGAAAUACAGUGUCCGAUUGGUGUUGUUGUUGUUGCUGGGUUUAACCGGGAUCGGAAACCCUAAAACGCUGUUGGCCAUCAGAGUGUGGACGAAGAACGCGAUGAUCUACAUGCAGACGCGGAUCGCUGACGUCAUCCGGGUUAUAUAGCGGAUCGAUAGGUUGACACCGCUUGAUCGGUCAUUGGUAGCUCUCCGAAGAAGAUUAUCAACCAAGAGGAGUGCUACGCGGAGAAGAAGCUAAUCUGCUGUGGUUGUGCUUUUUUUUUUAUUUCGGUGACGAUCACUUCGCCGUCUUCCAGAGUUCGCGAGAGUGUAUAGUGUAGAGCGAGCGGGAGCAAGUUUCGCUGAAGAGGACUUGCCCGGCUGCGUGUUUACACCAAUGCGAAGAUCGCGAGUUUCCUCUUUGCGGUUGUAAACAAAAACCGAUCGGCGUUAAAACCAGAAAGUGAUGAUGAUGACCUUAGGGAAACCCGUUGUCGGUGCCGGUUUGCUGCUACAGCUGUUUUUGAUUGGCGGCACGGUGCUGAUCGCUGCUGUGCGGGGCCAAACUCUGUAUGAGGGCGACGCGUGCACCCUGAAGGAUGGCGAAACGGGACUUUGCCAGGAGGCCACCAGUUGUCCCUGGUUCCUGGAAAACAUCGUCAAGAAGAAACGCUUCGGAGAUCGGGUGACGUGCGGAUUCGACGGUUCCAUCGAGGUCAUUUGCUGCAAGAUGGACCAACCGGUCACGUUCAAACCGGGCGUCCGGAGCGGCCUAGCCUGUCAGGACAUUCCGGAUGCCGACAACCGGCUGACGUUCCACAUCAUCGACGGAGAGGACGCCUCGGACGGGGAGUUCCCCUUCAUGGCAGCCCUGGGCUACGAGAACGAGGAAAUCAAAGACGGAUACGAUUACCGGUGCGGCGCCAGUCUGAUUUCGCCGAACUUCCUGCUGACGGCUGCCCACUGUAUUCCCAAGCAAGGCCGACCGGUCGUGGCCCUGCUCGGGACGGCCAGUCUCAACUCCAUGAACGGCGUGACGGUCCGAAUCAAGGAGUUUUAUCCUCAUCCUGAAUACAGAGCUAGUCGCAGCUACAACGACAUCGCCCUAGUGGAGCUGGAGAAAAGACUGAUCAACGAACCAGACGUGAAUCCAAUCUGCGUCCGUAGCGACACCGAGGACCUGACCAGUGACGUGGUUCUAACCGCCGAAGGUUUCGGAAUAAUUGACGUCGAUAAACAACUCCGUUCACCGCAGAUGAUGAAGGUCAACCUUACGACGGUAGCCCUGACCAAAUGCAACGAAUCCUUCGCGGCCAACAACCUGUUGACGAACAACCGGCGGUUACCCCAGGGCAUCAUCGAUACGCAGUACUGCGCCACGGGACGUGAGAACAUCGUUACCAAACAGGUGGGCGACACCUGUCAGGGUGACUCGGGAGGUCCGCUGCAAAUCGUGGUCGACGGAAAGUUCCAACUGGUGGGAGUUACCUCGUUUGGCAACGGGUGCGGAUCGAAUACGCCCAGCGUGUACACCCGGGUGGCACGGUACAUCGAGUGGAUCGAGCAGAUCGUAUGGCCCAACGGAGUUCUGAAGGUUUAGAGCGUUGAUGAAUGAUUGGACAAUAGAUUUAGUUUUGAAAUGGUAUCAGAAUAAAGAACGAUUAUGACUAA